AUGUCUUCCAACACUGCAGGCACUGCCUCAACAGGCUCAACAGUGCACAUGAACCAUGAUCGUAUCGAGUCCCCUGCCGAUACGCCUAACUUCAUUGAUAAUGAGUUCUGGCCCUCCCAGGCUACCAAGUGGAUUCCAGUCCAUGAUCCCGCAACGAAUAAUCUUGUCACGCGUGUCCCCCAGUCCACACUAGAGGAACUCGCUGCAGCAGUUACCUCUGCUCAGAAUGCGUUUCCGGCAUGGCGGGCAACCAGUAUUAUUGCGCGACAGCAAAUAAUGUUUCGCUUUACGCAUCUUAUCAAAGAAAACUGGGACCGCCUUGCUGCAUCAAUCACCUUGGAGCAAGGAAAAACCUUCAAGGAUGCUCGAGGGGACGUCCUACGUGGACUUCAGGUGGCUGAAACAGCAUGUGGUAUUACCACUCAGAUUCCAGGAGAGGUUCUUGAAGUUGCUCGAGAUAUGGAGACCAGAAGUUACCGAGAACCUCUUGGCGUUGUAGCUGCUAUCUGUCCAUUCAAUUUCCCAGCCAUGAUUCCCCUCUGGUGUAUUCCGAUUGCUGUUGUGACCGGAAAUACAAUGGUUUUAAAACCAUCCGAAAGAGAUCCUGGUGCUGCUUUAAUUAUCGCCGAACUUGCUCGAGCGGCAGGUUUCCCCAAGGGUGUUUUGAACAUCAUCCAUGGGUCUGUCGACACCGUGAACUUCAUUCUUGAUGAGCCAGCCAUCCACGCAAUCAGCUUCCGGGUGCAAGCUAAUCUUGGUGCGAAAAAUCAUGCUGUUCUUCUGCCAGAUGCAGACAAGAACGCUGCUCUAGAUGCUAUCGUCGGUGCUGCAUUUGGGGCAGCAGGACAACGGUGUAUGGCACUGAGUGUACUUGUUACAGUCGGCGACGACGGUGAUUAUAUCCCUGCUCUGAUUGAGAAGGCUCGAGGUCUGGUUGUGUCUGCCGGCUUUGAGAAGAAUGCCGACGUCGGUCCGGUGAUCAGCCCUGAAAGUAAGGCCAAGAUUGAAUCUCUAAUCGCCAGUGGUGAACGUGAGGGUGCCACAAUUGUUUUGGAUGGCCGACGGUACAAAUCAGAGAAUUACCCCAAUGGAAACUUCGUGGCACCUACAAUUCUAACUAAUGUCACAACGAACAUGGAAUGUUACAGAGAAGAGAUAUUUGGCCCUGUUUUGGUUUGCCUUUCUGUGAAGACCCUCGAAGAAGCCAUCCAACUUGUCAACUCAAAUGAAUAUGGCAAUGGGGUGAGUAUCUUCACCAAGUCAGGUGUGUCUGCUGCAUAUUUCCAAAAGAAUAUCCAAGUAGGACAGGUCGGUAUCAAUGUUCCAAUCCCGGUCCCACUUCCCAUGUUCUCCUUCACUGGAAAUAAGAAGAGCAUCGCGGGUGGAGGAGCAAAUACAUUCUAUGGAAAGUCUGGACUGUCUUUCUACACUCAGCAAAAAACCGUGACUAGUCUUUGGCGCCAAGGGAACGCCGAUACUAGCAAGCAAGUUGUUAUGCCGUCUCAUCUAUAA